UGUUUCCCACGUCAAAUUAUAAAUUCACUCCAUUUUUACCUUUUCGCGAUCUAUAUGGCACGCUCAUUAACUCAAAAAUCGCCGUAUUACAUAAAACAAGUAUUAAGUAGUGACGAGAUAUCAUAAUACUCUGCCGUAAUUCCGGAUUAAGUGCUUGUAUCCUUGUAUACGAUACGAACCAUCAAUCUAGUUUUGCUCUACUAUCUCUUUCUUGCAUAACAAAGCACAGUGGGCGCGAGUGUGUUGGUGUAUAUACCGCGAAAAUAUCGAUUUCCUAAAAUGUCACUUUUCCACUUCACUUUUAAGAGAAUUCACGGAGUAUUCCUGGUGAAUUCGAACCGUAUUUGCGUGAAAAACAUAGCUUUUGCGGCAUUUGGACAGAGCAACGGAGCGAGGGCGCAAAAUAACUUGUGGAUGAUGUACCACGGAUCCAGAAGCUUGACCACUCAAGAGAUCACCAAGAACAUUCAUCUGCACAGCGAUGAGCCCAGAGACAUCGCGACGGACCAUAAGACCUUACGAUUGUUGAAGCCAAUCGAUAAGCCUCUGGCGGUGCUUUUCAUGUGGCUCCAAGUCAAGCAGAAGCAUUUGGUGAAGUUCGCCCAGAUUUACAACGAUUGCGGCUUCGAUGUUGUAACAGUUCAAAUCACACCGUGGCAAUUACUGUGGCCAACAAAGGGAACGCAAUUGGUGGCGUCUGAUGUCAUUAGAUUUCUCCACAACAAUACAUCUUUCCAGCCAAUUCUGCUGCACGGAUUCUCGGUGGGCGCUUACGUUUGGGGCGAGUGUCUCGUGAAACUCGCCACGGAUGAGAAGAAGUAUCAGAACCUCAUGGAUAGAAUAUGCGGCCAGGUGUGGGACAGCGCCGCUGACGUCACGGAAGUGCCAGUUGGAGUGCCGAAGGCUCUUUUCCCUCGCAAUCCAACACUUCAGUCUGCGCUGCGGAAGUACAUGAUGUAUCACAUGAAGGCAUUCCAUGAGUCGGCUACAUCGCACUACAUCCGAUCUAGUCAAAUGUUCCACAGCACGAUUUUGCGGAAGCCGGCGCUGUUCCUGCUCUCCAAAACCGAUCCCGUCGGCACUUAUGCGGCCAAUUCGAGAGUCCGCGAAAAUUGGGAGGCGAACGGAGUUGACGUGAUGUGGAAGUGCUGGGAUAAAUCGCCGCAUGUGCAGCACUUCUUGAAGCACAAGGAGGAGUACAUUCAGAACCUUUUCGAAUUCUUGGGCAACCUCAAAGUUCUUAAGCAGCACGAGAAAGUGAGAGCAAAAUUAUAAAAUCUGUGAUAGGAGCGGAAAACACGACAUCAAAUUUGAUUUUUUUUUGGUAUUUAUAUUCACACGUGCUUUUAUCCUGGCGUAUAUUUUACUGGAUUGUGGGUAGAAUGAACCGUAUUGAAUUUAUUUUAAUAUUCCUCCUGUAGACUUACUGUCAAUUAGAUUUGUGCAGAUUCAAGUUGCAUUUCAUCCAAGUUAAUGAUAAUUAUGCAGUCCACAGUUUAUGUAUUUUUUCCCAUUUAUGGCAAUAAAAUUUAUACUUCCCACUUCAUAUUAU